AUGAAGUUACUGGGUUGGAUGCACCGUAGACUAAGGCGAAAUAGCAAUGAGCCUUUCAAGGAUUUCACAAUUGGGAAUUCGCUUGUUUGCCUCUCAGUUCAGCCAUCACUUAGCGACCAACAAUACUACUCCAAGCCAAGCUACAGCUAUGCAUACUUAGGGAAGCAACAAGGGGAAUGUCAAGAAUAUUCCAGUGAACUCAAAACCAAUAGGGUGGAAGAGUUCUUUGAAGAAGAAACAGCUAUUAUUAACUCCGAACUCUUCAAUGGCUUUCUUACAAUUGGAACUCUUGGUCAGGAACCUAUCAAUUCAGAGCCUCCAACACCAACAUUUCCCAUGCCCUUUGAGAGUGUAACAGGGAAAAAAACAGAGGUAACAGAAAAUGAAUUGAAGCUUAUCAAUGAUGAGCUAGAGAAGUUCCUGCAGGCUGAAGCUAAAGAGAUGUGCAAUGGAUCAUCAGAGAGAAGCAGUGUUAGCACUAUUACAUUAAGUGGCAAGCAAAUAGAAGGUGUGGACACAGAAGAGUAUGGAGAUAUGGUGCUUUGCCCACUCCAGGGAUACCUUUCUGGAUCUUCAAUUGAACUAUUUGAAACAAGUAUAGCUGUAAAUAGAGAAAAGAGACCACUGGAGCAGCCCUUUAAGAAGAGUAACAUAAGAUACAAGCAUCCCAUAGAGAAACAUGAGGAUGGGAAGAAACAAGCCCACAAAACAUAUGCCACGCAUUUCAUGAAGAAGAUGCUUAAAAAGCUCCAUUCCUCUUCAAAGAGCUCUAAAGGUUCUGCAGCUUCUGCUGGUGGUGAAGGUUCUGCUUCUGUUUCAACAAAGAGGAAACUCCCUAAGGUCCUAAGAAUGUUCUGCAAAAAAAUCCAUCCUGAAAGAUCAGCAUUUGAGAAAGAGUCCACUAAGUCACAUAAGCAUGUGAUAAACAAGACUUCCUAUGACGGUUGCUAUGACAAGGGAGAUCUGAUACUCCAGGACACAGACAACAGAAGAUUUGGUGUUAGAGCUGUAAAGGGAGAAGAAGCCGAAAGCAAUGGUGAUUAG